CUACUAGACCCAAGAUCUAUCCAAGACCGUAUUCCGGUGCCUCUCAUUGGCCGGAACUGGGUCUAAGCAUCGACGCAGCGUGCCGGCAUCUGAGCGACGAGCCCCCUUCUGCUCUCCCAUCUCUCCACAGACUCUCCUCCCUCACUGUCACAUCUCAGCGGCCACGUUCUUUUUCUUGCUUGCUAGCCCUUACGCGGAGUGUAUCUUGUAUUUUCCAGAAGGAUUCUAGAUCCGAUACCUACUGCAAGCACCCGAAGUAAGAUCCACUAUACAUCUUACCCGGUCGUAAUGACGGAGAGAAUCAGACGAGCCCAUCACAAGUCGAGACUCGGCUGCAGGCGCUGCAAGACGCGGCGAAUCAAGUGCGAUGAGGUCCAGCCCGCCUGUGGAGGCUGCACAAAGGCAAACCUACGCCCCCCGGUACUAGUAGACACCAUGACCGACGGCCUCAAGGCGCGCUUCUUCCGUCAUUACCUGGAUAUGACGGCCGCGUACCCCUCGACUGACCAACAGAGCUGGUCGAGUUGGAUUACGGACCUCGCCGUGACGGAUAGUACUCUCAUGGACGCUGUUAUCGGGUUUGCGGCGUUUCACCUCCGAAGGUCCUCGGCGUCGGAUGACAGCAGCGGCAACGGUAGUAACACUUACGCAGUAGCCGUGUCGGAGGCCUCGCAUGCGUAUAUGGCGAGGGCUAUAGAGGCGCAUUCGAGACUGAUUGUGCGCGAGGGUAUCAACGCGCAGAAUGCCCCUGUUGUUAUGGCGACGUGUACCAUUAUCAUGUUCCACACCAGCGCGAACCAGUCGUUUCUUGACAGCAGCGGCGGCGGACCGGGAGCGGAGACGGGAUAUCGAGUCCCGCAUCACUGGUUUACGCCAUUUCGCAACGUCAAUGCGCUGUUAAAGGUCGCUCUGCCCGGGAUCCGUAAUAGCAGGAUAGGUCACCUCUAUAAACCGGAACGACAGACCUCGUCGCAGCAAAACGAAACAUUGGGGCCAGCAAGGCCAGGAACGUUCGACUUCCUGCUAGAAGACCUCAACGAAGACGAGACGGAUCCAGAGACGGCGAAAGCGUAUCGUAUCGCCGUCGACAGCCUCGAUAAGAUCCAGGGGUCGGCUCUGCAGCGUGAUCUCCUGCGGUUCCCGGCGCAUGUCCCGCCGCGGCUUGUCGAGUUACUAGAGGCGGAGGAUCCGAGGACGUUGGCUAUCGUGGGGUACUUUUUUAUGCUGUUGAGGAGGGCGACUCAUCUGUGGUGGGCGCAGGGUGCGGCGGAGAAGGAGUUUGAUGGGGUGAUGGGGGUCUUGCCGAGGGAGUGGUGGCCGAAGAUGGCGUGGGCUAUUGAGGAGUUUAAGUGGACUGAGGGUUGAGAAGUUAGCAAUUGGUUUCCUGUCUUUUAUAGAGACUCUAUGAAUAAGGUGAUGGGGAAAGUGGUAUUGUCUCUGCUUCCACAUAAGCUAGGGUGGUUAGCCUUUUUACUCGAGCCUAUAUUCAGGAUCGU